AUGACUACAGAUCUUAAUUCAUUCACUUCAUCGGAUUCAACUGAUGACGCUUAUGAACUUAAUAUACGCGCAAGAAGCCUUUUCCAAAUGGACAAUGCUGAAUUUGGAGGGUUUCACAUAAGGACAUGUAUAAUAGCUGGUAUUGGCUUCUUUACAGAUGCCUAUGAUCUAUUUGUCAUAAAUUUAGUUUCUACAAUGUUAAGCUAUGUCGACCUGUUUCAUAAUGGUACGCUUUCAGCAAAUAUUGAGAUGGGUCUAAAAAUGUCGGCAGCGUGUGGGACUUUACUAGGGCAAUUGGCGUUCGGAUGGUCAGCUGAUCGCCUUGGACGUAAAAAAGUUUACGGUUUGGAACUUUCAAUAAUGAUCAUCGCAACUAUUGGUUCUGCAAUGUCUUCAACUUCAUUUGCGAUCACGACUUGGGGCUCGCUUAUAUUUUGGCGAUUCAUAUUAGGCAUUGGAAUUGGUGGAGAUUAUCCUGUGUCUGCCAUUAUCGCGAGUGAAUUUGCAACAGUUAACAAAAGAGGUGCAAUGGUAUCUGCUGUUUUUGCCAUGCAAGGAUUCGGAAUUUUAGCUGCUGCUAUAGUUUCAGUGACUACUUUGGCAGCAUACAAGGACCUUAUAUAUAAGGAUCAAAUGUAUAUUGACCGUGUAUGGAGAAUAGUAUUGGCAUUCGGUGCAAUUCCAGCGAUCUUGGGGCUCUACUCCCGGAUCACAAUUCCAGAAACGCCACGCUUUACGAUGGACGUAUUGGGAGAUGUCGAGCAAGCAGCUCAUGAUGUCAGUACCGUAUUAAAACUUGAUGACCCUUGGACAAAACAAAGUAAACCUGUUUGCGCCAUAGAAGCACCUGUUUCUACGUGGAAGGAUUUUAAAGAAUACUUUAGUAAAUGGGAAAAUGGAAAA